UAAUCCUUCCUGGAUUGGGGAAUCCUGUUAACGCUAAGUGACUUGUGUAAACCAGGUACCACCCCCUGCAGAUGGCUCAGAGGAAGUUGCUGCCAUCCGACUUUCUGAUGCCCAGGGGAAGAUAGAUGAGCAGAAGCAGGUUCUUAUUCAGAAAGCGGAAAGUGGCACUUUUCUGCAGAUGGACAAGCCCAUCUAUUCUCCAGGACAACUGGUGCAAUUUCGAAUCAUCACCCUGGAUGAAGGAUUUAUGCCGUUGGCUACUGAGCAUCAGCUGGUGGAGUUGCAGGAUCCUGCAGGCAACCGAAUUGCACAAUGGAAUAAUGUGCAACCAGACAAUGGGGUUGUACAACUGUCCUACCAGUUGGCUGCUGAACCAAUGCUGGGUGUCUACAGAAUCAUUGUGGAUCAUGGGAAGGCUUUCUUAACCUUUGAAGUGCUUGAAUAUGUGAUUCGCAAAUUUGAAGUGGUGGUGGUGCAGCCUGCUAUCAUCUAUUCAGCAGACAGCAACUUUCCUCUAAAUGUCUGUGGCAGGUACACAUACGGCAAGCCUGUCCGGGGUUUAAUGCAAAUAUCCUUGUGCCAGAAAGCUUACCGUUAUUUCUGGAGGUCACCAGACACAACAGCUCCACCGCCUACAGACAUCUGCCAGGAUUUCAAAGGGCAGACUGACAGGACUGGCUGCUUCUCUGCUACCGUGGAUUUGUCACAGUUCAGACCUUCGAGCUACGAAUACAGCCACAGCAUAGAUGUGGAGGCCUCCUUGGAAGAAGCUGGAACAGGAGUACAAGCAAAUGUUGCUCGUCAAUUCUAUAUGUCUGAUCAAGCUGGAUCUAUGAACUUUGUGGAGACAGAUGAUUACUACCAUCAAGGUUACCCCUUCAGGGGAAAGCUCAAAGCCCUGCAAAGAGAUGGCUCCAUCAUGAAGAACCACAAUGUGUUCUUAGUAAUUAAUUUAAAUAACAACCAGACCAACAUGCUGCUUACUACUGACAGCAAUGGCAUAGCUGAGUUUUCAUUAGACACAGAAGUGUGGAAUGGAAAAGGGGUCUCUCUGGAGGGAAGACUCCAUCUGAAGGAUCCAGUGUAUGAACCCGGGAAAAUCAAUCAGUACCACCAGAACGCUUUCCUCUAUCUACAGCCUUACUACACCACGGCAAAGAGCUCUGUGAAAGUCCGGCGGGUGCCAGGAGUGCUGCCUUGCAAUCAGGAGCAGGAGAUUCAAGUGGAUUACAGCAUUAAGGACAGUGAUCUAGGCAAAGAAGGCAAAGCGAAAGGAAUCACCUUCUCUUAUUAUGUGACAGGAAGGGGGAAAAUCCUUAUGCAUGGACAAAAGAAUGUGGGUGGCGAUGGGGGAGGUCUGCAAGGAUCCUUCUCCAUUUCAUUGCCCUUCACCUCCGACUUUGCACCACAACCAUCCUUGGCCGUUUAUUCUCUCUUCCACGAUGGAGGCGCCAUUGCAGACAAAGUCAGCUUUGAAGUGUCCAUGUGCUUCAAAAACCAGGUCAGCCUGGGGUUAUCUCAGCAGCAGGAGCUUCCCGGAACAAGCAUCGACCUUGAACUGAAGGCAACACCUGGGUCACUGUGUGCCAUUCGGGCUGUGGACCAAAGUGUCUUGCUCCUCAGGAAUGACAGAGACUUCACCAACACAACCGUGUAUGACAGGUUCUACUUCCUAGGAGGGUAUCCUUAUCAAGUCACCGAGUACGAUCACUGCGAUGGACCAGGACCAAUCGGAGACCCUAUGCCACUGGCACGAAGCAAGCGCUACAGCUGGAGACCCUGGUUUGAUGAUGGUGGGGUAGACUUCUUCAGUUUCCUCAAAGUUAUGGGGCUGAAAGUCUUGUCAAACAACAAAAUUAAGAAGCCAGCAACAUGCAGGCACCACUACUCUCCCUAUGGCAUGGUUGCUUCAAGGUUGCUUGGAGGAGGUUUGCAAUCAGGGAGUAGACCGGCACUCGCAUCUGAAUCCCGUCCUUGGUCGUCUGACGCAGACGUUGAUGCUCAAGUCCGUCAGAACUUCCCUGAAACCUGGAUCUGGAAGCUGUAUAAUGUUGAUCCUUCAGGUGAGAAGUCAGUGGCACUCACAGUUCCGGACACCAUCACUGAAUGGAAAGUCAGCAUGUUCUGCACCUCCCAAAGCAGCGGGUUGGGUAUUUCCCCACCAGCGAGGCUGACGGUCUUUAAGCCUUUCUUUGUGGACGUCACCCUGCCCUAUUCCGUGGUUCGUGGGGAGUCGUUUCCAAUGAUCGCCACCGUCUUCAACUAUUUGAAACACUGCAUGUGGGUCCAGGUUAUCCUAUCCAAGUCUGAAGAUUAUCAGAUGCAGCCAUGCAAGGACUGUGAAUACACAAGUUGCUUAUGUGCUGGUGAAGCGAAGACUUACUCCUGGAAUGUGAAGGCCUCUAAACUGGGUGUGAUGAACUUCACUGUCACCACAAUGGCACUCAAAAGUGAGAAACUCUGUGGUGGUGAGCCGACCGCCGUGCCAGAAAAGGGCCGAAGUGACACCUUGAUCAAGUCUCUCCUUGUCCGGCCUGAGGGCGUCCUGGCUGAGAAAGCUCAUAGCUCUCUGUUGUGCCCUGAAGGAGGUUCUGCUUCAGAUUCAUUCUCCUUGGAGCUUCCUGAGGAUGUCGUGCCAGAUUCUGCCAGGGCCCAGGUGUCUGUUCUUGGUGAUAUCAUGGGGACGGCACUGCAGAACUUGGACAAACUGGUACAGAUGCCCAGUGGCUGCGGGGAGCAAAACAUGGUGUUGUUUGCCCCCAUCAUCUACGUGCUGCAGUACUUGGAAAACACAGGACAGAUGGAUGAGGAGCUGAAAGCAAAAGCGCUGGGCUACCUGCAGUCAGGGUACCAGAGACAACUUCAGUACAAACACAGGGAUGGUUCUUAUAGUGCAUUUGGAGAGAGUGAUGGGCAAGGCAAUACCUGGCUGACAGCUUUUGUGAUCAAGGUUUUCAGCAAAGCUGAGGAAUAUACCUUCAUAGACGAUGAGGAUAUCCAGGCUGCUUUGCGGUGGUUGGCAAGUAACCAGCAGCCCGAUGGCUCCUUUGCCAAUGUGGGGAAACUCUUCCACAGAACAAUGAAGGGAGGUGUAAAUAAUGUGAUCUCUCUUACUGCUUAUAUCAUUGGUGCACUCUUGGAGGCCAAAAAGCCACUUGAGGAUCCAGUGGUGAAGAAUGGCUUGGACUAUCUCAAAACGACUGUCUCAGACACGACAGAUAUCUAUGUGCAGGGAUUGUUGGCAUAUGUCUUCACAUUAGCUGGAGAUGUAGCCAUGAGACAAAUGUUGCUUACCAAGCUAGACCAGCAAGCCAUCAAGUCAGGAGGGCAGAUAUAUUGGAGCCCCAGGACUGCCCCAGCAUCCACUGAGAAUCCUUGGUCCCAGCCUGAGUCUGUGAGUGUGGAGCUGACAGCAUAUGUGCUUAUGGCUAGGCUUUCACCCCAAAACGUAAGCAAAGAGGAUAUCAAGAAGGCCACAGACAUUGUGGCCUGGCUGGCGAAGCAGCAGAAUGCCUAUGGAGGCUUUGCCUCAACUCAGGACACAGUGGUUGCACUCCAAGCCCUCGCCAAAUAUGGAGCAGUCACAUACACUAGAUCUGAAGACCUGUUGAUAACGGUGAAAUCUGACAAGACCUUCCAGCAGUCAUUCCACCUGGACGACACCAAUCGGUUGGUUCUGCAGCAGGCUACCCUCCCAGACAUACCUGGGGAGUACACCAUGCAAGCCUCUGGCAAAGGCUGUGGAUAUGUCCAGGCAGUCUUGCGAUACAAUAUCCCUCCCUCGAAGAAUGAAGACACCUUCACCCUGGAUGUGAAAGCAGUAGGGAAAGGAUGUGAACAAGAGGCUGCCCCUCGCUUCCUGACUCUUCACAUCAGUGCAAGUUAUGUGGGCAGCCGUGGCACCUCCAACAUGGCCAUGAUAGAGGUGAAGAUGUUGUCUGGAUUCCAUCCUGUUCAGGGAACUAACCGUGAUCUUAUGCAACAGCCCCUUGUGAAAAGAGUCGAGAUUGGGGAGGAGCAUCUCACAAUCUACCUGGACCAGCUAGGAAAGGAGAGGCAAACAUAUACCUUGGCCAUGAGCCAAGACAUUCCAGUGAAGGACCUGAAGCCAGCAGCUGUCAAAGUCUAUGACUAUUAUCAGCCAGAUGAACAGUCCACAGUGGAAUAUGAAGACCCCUGCUACUGAGAUGGAGAAAUUCCUAUGGUGCAACAGGCACAGGAUGGGAAAGAAAAGCAAUUCAGAUGAGCCAAACUUAAGGAGCUGGGAACUGUUUGGGGAAAAAGUGGCCCUGUCUUUUACAACAUGAACCAUGCAGUGGAACUCUAGUUCAGAAAAUAAACAGAAACUUGAAUUGC